CAUGUCCCUGGACACAGUCAUGGCUCUGCUCCAGCACCACGCACACAGCCGGCCUGUUCUGCAGGAGCAAAUGCAUCAUGGUGGGAGCCCCCAGUCCUCAGGAGGCCCCAACACACACCAAGGCAGCCAAAGGGCAUUCCUCCUCCUCCUCCUCCUCCUCACUACAAUCCCACUGGGGAUGUGCUGCAGGACCCCAGAUCAAUGUGCUGCAUUGGCAUUUGCUGAGGUUGCACCUGCAGGGUGGUUGAAGCAGCUGGAACCAGCACUGCAGGGUGAGGGCACAGCACUGGGCACGCACAGCAGCCCUGGACUGAAGCACAUCUGCACCCCAGGAACAGCAUGUGGUGUCACCACGACAUGUCAGUGCCCUGGCAGGAGGAGGGAGGGAGCUGCUGUGGCUCUCCAGGAUUCAUCCAUCAGCAGAGAUGGCCUGGACAGAGGGAGGGCACAGUGUGGCAUCCAGAGCCCCCAGCUCUGCCUCCAUCGGGCACCUGCCCUGUGCCGCAGCCCCACGGCCACCUCCAACAAGGGCAGAGCUGGGCAUUGCAGUCUCCAUCUCCGUCUCCAGCUGAGCCGCGCUGGGGAGCAGUGGGUUAACAGCCCCUCAGGGCCCAGCAGCCACAGCGGCUAAACGAGCUUUAUGCUGCCCUAAUGGAAACCAAUUCCCCAGCCCCGCUCUCCGCUUCCCACUGAAGAGCCCAGGAGCCGGCAAUGACAUUCCUGCGCGUCCUUCAGCACCGCUACCAGCACCCUCUGCUCCACUGCGAUCCCUGGGCUCAGCCCGCCCCCAAGGAUGGUGCCGGGGGGUCCCUGCCGGCUCACCCGGGGCUGAGCGGGACAAGGGCAGCGAGGGACGGACACGCCGUAGUGCGGGAGCUCAGCGCGGCGCAGCGGCUGCCGCUGCCGGAGGCUGCGCACGGCAGAGGGUCUCGGAAACGAUCCCCGGGACGAGCCCCCGCUCCGCCCCCGCACCGCGACACGAGGGAGGGACGCGCCGAGCAGCCCGGCCACCGCGGCCACCACUCCCCGCUCCGGGACCAAUGGGCUCCCGGCCGGCCCCCACGCUGCGCAUCGCCAGCACGUAAAUAGGGGCGAGCGGGCGGCCGCCGGGAGGUGCCACCCGGGAGGCGGCGGGGCGAGGGGAUGCGCGGGGCCGAGCCCUGAGAAACUUGGCGCUGCGGGGACGCGUUGGGUGAGAACCGGAGCAUCGCGGCUGGAUGCGGGGAGCGGGUGCGCGGCUCCGCGUGAGGGGCCAUGGCGCCCCUUAGCUCCGCUCCGGCCCCGGGAUCCGGCAGCACCCGGUAGGGCGGCGCGGCCCCGCCGAGCCCCGAGCAUCGCCAUGGCCCCGUGUGCGCCCGCGGAGCUGUGGCUGCUGCUGCUGCUGCUCCAGCUGCGCCCCGCUCGCCCCGCGCCGCCCCGCGGCUGCCCCCCCGCGUGUAUCUGCACCUCCGACGUGCUGAGCUGCAGCCGGCAGACCCUGCAGCGGGUGCCCCACGCGCUGCCGCCCACCGCCACCACGCUGGACCUGAGCCACAACGCGCUGAGCCGGCUGCAGGACGGCUGGCUGGCCGCGCUGCCGCACCUCGAGGCGCUGCACGUCGGACACAACCACAUCGCCGAGCUGUCCCCGCGCUCCUUCCACAACGCGUCCCGCCUGCGGCACCUCGACAUGUCCUCCAACCGGCUGCGAGCCGUCGAGACGCACUACUUCGAGGAGCUGGUGAGCCUGGAGGAGCUGCUGCUCUACAACAACCGCAUCGCGCGCGUGGACGAGAACGCCUUCGCCAGGCUGAGCGGGCUGCGCAAGGUGUACCUGAGCUGGAACAACCUCACCUCCUUCCCCUUCCACGCCGUGCAAGGCCUGGGCAACUUCAGCCUGCGCACGCUGGACCUGUCGUCCAACCGCCUGCACAACCUGCCCGUGGAGGAGCUGGCGGCGCUGCCCGAGCACAUUCGCAACGGCCUGUACCUGCACAACAACCCCGUGCGCUGCAGCUGCCCGCUCUACCUGAUGCUGCAGCACUGGAGGCAGCGGGGGUUCAGCUCGGUGCGGGAUUUCUUUGAGGAGCACACCUGCAAGGUGUCCGACGCCGUGCCGCGCUCCCUGAUCAAGCUGCUCAAGUACAGCCACCUGUUUGAGAACUGCUCUGCCGAGCCAGACCCCGCGCAGCCCAUUCCCUUCCCGGUGACGGUGGGCCGGGUGCUGCUGCUGGCCUGCAACGCCAGCCUGCCCCACGCCGCCUACAUGUGGAUCCUGCCGCACCACGAGCCCGUCCGGCCCCCAGGGAACGCCAACCGCUCCGUCGAGGUGUUCCACAACGGCAGCCUGCGCAUCGCAGCCGCCCGGCCCUGGCACUCGGGGAUCUACGUCUGCUUGGCCAUCAGCGGCCCCCGCAACGUCAGCCGGCUGUGCGAGGUCAAUGUGACGGUGCAUUACUCCAAGCCGGAUGGGGAGGCCUUCAGCACCGGCCUGACCACGCUGCUGGGCUGCAUCGUCAGCCUGCUGCUGGUGCUCGUCUACCUGUUUGUGACGCCGUGCCGCUGCCCGCCGUGCUGCAGGACGGCCCCCCCCAGCCCGCCGCAGGAGUGCAGCGCACAGUCCUCCAUCCUCAGCACCACGCCGCCCGCCACCGAUGGGCCCAGCCGCAGGGCCAGCAAGCACGUGGCCUUCCUGGAGCCCGCCCGCGAGGCGCUGGAUGGCAAGGAGCGCCCGGUGCCCGGUGAGGCCCUCACAGACAGCAGGCACCCCAAGGUGCUGCAGCUGCGCUCAGACACCGAGUCCAUCAGCUCCGUCUUUUCGGACACCCCCAUCGUGUCGUAGUAGGGCUGAGCCAUUCUCCUCCUGCUCAGAGCAGCACCGAGCCCCAGUGCUCAGCCUGACUACGAGAAAGGGGAGGUUCAGCAGCACCUGUACUGCUUCAGCCGCCAGCACAAGGGCAGCACUGAAGGACUCUGCAUGCCUGCGAUCCCUGCUCUGUCUGGGCAGCAGUGAUGCCGGGGCUGUGGCCGUGGGUGUGCAAGAUCCAGCCCAGUGCUCCCAACCCAGACCCCCCAGUGCUGUCCUCAGGGGCUCUCAGGGAUGGCCACGCCACUGUCCCCAGCCACUUGGAAUGGAGGGAGCGUGGUCCUGUGGCCCCACACAUCCACUGGGGGACAGCAUGGGGAAGAAGGGGCUCAGCACCCAGCCAAGCAAACAUCGCAUGCUUUUGCCUCUCAACACCCCCGAAGCUGUACAUAGUGAUGUUGGGCACCAGGAGGUGACUGACACAGCGCUGCUCGCAGCUCCCCGUGCCACCAAGGACGCUGAGGUCUCCCGCACCGCCCGCGCUCGCUGCUUCUCCUUGAGAUGGACGUGCGCUGCUCGAGCACAGCUAUUGAGGCAGUAAUCUAAUGAGCCUGUCGAUAAAUGUGAGUAAUGCUCUCUCGGGCCGUCACUCUCCAGUUACAUUUGAAUAAAAAAUGCCUAUUUUUUUAAGCUCA